ACCACUCGUAGGGCCGCGGUCUCGAGCUCUGACUAGUAAUAGUCGUCUUUCAACAGCAACCGGCGGAUGCCAUGGCCUCACAAGUCGACUUUGCAUUCCUACAAGCGCAAGCUCAAAAUAUACGCGAUGAACUCGUGUUACUAUAUUCUUCUCUUCAACUUCCGGCCGGAGUAGACAUCACAGUCUCAAGAGACUCCCUCCUCCAUCACUGGUUCCCAGUCUCUAUAUGCGCUGCAGCUCUCUUUGGCAUAAUUCUGUAUACAACAUCUCUUCGGCGAUCUCGUGCUCGUGCUCGCCGUGCUCCAGAGACUCGCAAGGCAUUGCAAACUUUGCUCUACAUCCUGACGCCGACUUGUUCCCUCUGGCCUGCAUCCUAUGUCAAGCUAGCGCAACAGGCCGUCACUGUUCACGACACUACUCUGCGGUUUCCUCUACGUGCGCUGGUGGACGAUGUCCUUAGUGGGCGGAUAGAACUCAGGGACCCGAGGCUCGAUCUUCCUGACCUGCUUCGAAAUGAAUUCCGGGUCGACGGUUGGACCUUUGGUCUUUCUGUGGAACGCGCGUGGUGGGUGGACGUGUUAGGAUGGACCCUUUCUGCGCAGUUGGCACCGCCAAAGACACGGCAGUUGAUACAGAGCGCACUGUCGAAGCCCCUACUAGAGUCAAUUCCGAACGACGGGCGAACUUCCCGACAACAAGGGUACAUGCCUGCCCAAGCCCCACCACCCGAGCACGAUGUCUUACCACGACUUCCCACCAUGGCCUCCGCGAUUUUCCCUCCUACUGUCUCCCUCGAUGACAUCGCAUAUACCCUCAUGGAAACCUCGAUCAAGGACUUACAAUCGUCUCUGGUACCGGGAAGCAGCUUGACUCUAAUCUUCACGACUACGGGGACCUCAGCAUCCUUUCCGAGCAGCAACUUUGUUCUCGCCGCGUUGCCCUUCCUUCCUCACAGCAGGUCUAGCCCGUCUUCGAAGAACCAGAAGUCCCCCGCACCGCGACGUGGCCGAUGGGCACCCGCCCCACUCUUCUCGUCUAUGCCCCAAAUCGUGCAGCUCCUGACCUCGGGUCCAAAUUCUCUGGCUGUCGACUCGAUCCUCAACAUCUCGGACGCGUGCGCCAGUUCGCUACAUGCGUAUGUGCAAGACUUGGAAGAUAACAGAGUUGCUGUGGAGAAGUUCGUCCAGCAGCGGGGUGUCACCAACUGGCGAGCGGAGCGGUUCUUUGCAAGCUGGGAGGCCGCAUGCCUCACGAACAAGCUAUUGGAGAGAUGGGCUGUCAUAGUGCGGAGGUGAUGCAAACAGGAUCAGUAGGCAUAAGCGUGUGCAUACUCUGCGGCCGG